UCACCUGCCAUGUUUUUUAACUUUACUUCUUCUAAAAAUGUUUAGAACAAAAUGUUAUCGAUUUUAAUUCUAGGAUUUCAUAUUUUUCUCAGGAUUACAAAUCUAAGUCACAUAUUAUCUUAGAUGGUUCUCUUGAUCUUGUAGAAGAAUGCAUGUGGUGCAGUAUUUCAACUUGUUGUUAUGGACGCCAAUCAAACCCACUGACUAACAUGAUGAGAACUGCUAAAUGUUGUGAUUAAUCGUUUUUAUUGCAUCGAAUGACAUCAUUUAAAAACAGUGACAAAUAUAAUUACAUACUUUUUAAAGCAUAAAUUAUGUCGGUUUAUACAAAUGAAGACCGGUUUUCUAUGACUGCAGAGCGUUAUUUAGCGAAGCAUCAUGUCCUUGUGUACAUAGAGGACAGCAUUUCACAACUGUUGGAAAACAGAGAUGAAAACCCAAAGAUCAAUCCCGUCAAGAUUCUGAGUGAAUAUUUCACAGCCCUUCGUGAUGGUAACCACACAAUGUUCAGGGAGUAUACGUUUAUCCAUCAAACACCGCACAAUCGAGCCUCCUUCGUCAAACUCUUCUGGAAGUGCUACCGUCAAAUUGGAAAGAAAGGAGAUCUGCUGAGUAUCCAGGAAUAUCACUCUCUGAUCACACUUCUGUGUUCCGACUUUCCCUUUGAAAUUGUGCAGAAAACAGCAAGGAUCAUACUGCUGGAUGAUGCACUCGACUGUCUUAUAUCCUUCACAGACUUCAUCUAUGCAUUCCAGACUCAGUUUUAUUAUGAAGAGUUCUUGGACAAGUGCCUGGAGAUGUACCAGUCGAUGAUUCAGACCCAGUCUAGCCCUCGUAACCCUGUCGUAGUGCCUUCAGGGACAGAUGAUUCCAAGAUCCACAUGAGCAGCCAUCAUCCAGGGGAUGGCGUUGACGCCAUGCAGUACUUCCGUGCAGUGUACCCCCUCUGUGACCGCGUCAAUUACAGCACUCCACCAACAGAGGCUUUGAAAGAGAUCCUCUUCAACGUGCCACGGGUCUCCUUCUACGGCUUUCUGAUGGCCAUAGCCAAGAGUGACGCCAUCAAUGAGCAUAUAGGUCGCCUGCCCCCCAAGUCGGAGAUUCUGGAGGGCCCUGAGGCAGAGAUAACCUCAGGUUUAAGGCAGUUUAUGAGGGAACAUUUUCCUGAGAGUGAGAUCGGCUACCAGAACUCGUCUGACGAUAAAAGGGUUUAUGCAACUGCAGCUUCUAAAAGCUCUAUAGUGAAGAAAAGGCCAUCUGUAAGUAAAAGCCGACCUAGUUCAGAAAGUUCUGGACCUGUUGAUAUGAACAAUUCCAAUCCCGUUGCUGUGAAAGCUCCUGCAGCACCGAGAUCUCGAUCAGUGUCACGGACCCGGGCACCUGCGCGGCUGGCGGGCACGGGUCAGUCAAGUUUAACCAGUCGACAUAGGAAGAGGGUCGUCAGUUCAGAUGAGAGCACUGAUGACUCUGACGAUGAUGACGACACUGACGAUGAUUAGCUUACACUUUUUGUAGCUUACCCUUCUACAGAAAUAAGGCAACUAUUUUGUCAAACUACAAGUAUAGAAUAUGCAAGAUUUGUGCACAAUGUUUUAAUUCUUUUUAUUUGUGAUUUCGGUGAAUAUAUGAAUGGUUGUUGUUAUUUUUAAGAGAUUUUUUUGCAAAUUUUCCUUUGUGCAGUUCCAUUAUUGUUGCUGUUAAAUUUCAACUGUUACAUUGACGUUAUUAGUAUAUGAUUAAAGAGACUUGUUUACGUUUUAUACAUGCAGACAUUGAAAGAAUUUAUCUUGUGUAAUUUGAAAUUAAGUUGAAGCUGAUUGAGAAGCCUUCAUACUAGGUAUAUUUUUCUCUAAAUUACUAAAAAAACAGGAACUUGUAAAAUCACCAAGAGGUUUUACCCUUUUGCAUAGACUGAAAUAAUCAUUUCCAUAUACUCAACACAUUAUCUACUGCAACAUUUCAACAGGUAUAUAUCCAAUACUAUUGAGCUUUGUUCGAUAACAUUUUUGGAAAGUAUUUGGUUUUUAAGGCAUUAAGUGCGAUAUCUGGAUAGUGCAAAUUAAUUUACCAAGAGAAAUUAGAAAAACAUAGGAAUCGUCAUGCCUUAUAUUUUUAAUAUGGAGCCUUUUUGUAUCUGCAAACACUUAUAUAAUUAUGUGAAUAUAGAUGUUAUUAUUGUCAACUUCUCUUUUAUAUGACUUUGACCAAAUCUUUUAAUUAAGUUGAUGUCAAGGAUGUAAACAUUGUUUAUAUCUAAGAUCUUAUACAUGGUCAGAAAGUACCAAAAUCUUUAAGGGUUAAAUUCCUUUGGAACCUUUUGGCAUUACCGUAACCCCAUGUUAAAUUUGUCCCUGGUGAUAAUGUCUCCCCUUUUCUGAAAUGGAGACCUGCCGUUUUUGUCAGUAUUCUUACUAGAACUCUUGGUCACGUUAUUUCACCUUGUUCAUUAUUUUCAUAUUGUAAUUUUGUACCAACCAUUACUCGAAAAACUAUUUAAAAGAAUUGAUUGACAUUUAGAAUAUUUACAGAAUACGUUGUCAAUCUGUGCACAAUGCAAAAAAGAUUACUAUUGGUCACCUUGCUGCAGAGUUAUCCCCUCUUGUACUUUAAAUUUGUCUAAAGAGAUUUUGUACAAAUCAUAACUAUGAAGUAUAAUGUUACUUUGUCCAAACCAUAACUAAAAAAAUAUUCAAAAGGAAUUUAUUGAAUUUUUUUAUAGUUAUUGAGUACAAUGUCAAUCUGUGAACAACGCAAAAACAACAACUUUUGGUCACAUUGCUGCAGGGUUGCUGGAGAGUUAUCUCCUCCUGGACAUUGAACUUAGACAUGUCCAAUGUCAUAUUUUUCAUUUGAUGCAGAUAGCAAAGCAGACUACCAAACUAGGUCUAUGAAAAUACUUUUUUUUUAAAUUAUAAUUUAGAAGCAGCUGGUAGGAAUUGAAUGAUAGAUAACAAUUUGAAUAUAUUUACAUCACAUGAAUUUUUAUCUCUUGGACACUUUGUCUUUCUUGCAAAAUUAUCUUCCCUUUUACUUUGAUUUUUUUUAAACAAGUUUGUCUGAAGCUUUACUUUGAAAUUAUUGGAAGGAAUUGAACACAUUUGGGACAUAGAUAUAUGAAGAUUUAAAAUCGUGCACUGUAAAAUAAUCUUAACUCUACGGUCAUAGUUAUCAUCUCCCCUGGUACUUUCGAUUUCUGUCAAAUGAAUAUUGUCUUUAAGUUAACAAUCUGUUUGCAUGUUUUACCUCUCCUUGUUCCCAUAUACCUUGUCAACCUAAUGAUAUCACUUCUCCAAACAUGCUGCCAUUAAGGGGAGACGUCAGGUUCUGAAAACAAUCUGUCUAGUUUAUUUUGCAUUUAUUUGUUGAAGUUUAAGCCUAGAGUCUGUCAUUUUUCUACUGAUUUCACAUUGGAACCAAAAGGUAAAAAGAGUCCAAACAUUUCUAAGCAAACACUAUUUAAAAUGUUAAUAUAUGAUCAUUAAUGAAUAAGUUGAAUGUUAAUAAAAGCAGAAAACCUAGUUGUUACCUAUUAAUUACAUUGUAUGAUAUUUGUUGUUAUUUAUCUAUUGUAAUCAUCAAGGUAUGUUAUAAUUUUAUAUGCAGUUGUAUUUCCACUUUCAUUCAUUUGAAUAACAUUUGCUUAAUUUGUCAUUUGACUAUUUUCUUAUUUUGUGCUGCUACAAUAAUAUCAUAGUAUGUAAUAUAGAGUGUAUUAUGAGUAUUUAAUUGUGACUGUGAUAUAAAUGUUAAUGGAUUGACAAAUGAUUAAAAUGUCUCAA